GGGAGCGGGGUCGGAGGGCAAUAGUGUCGCGAUGUGGGACAGUUGCGAUGAGAGCGAGUGCGGGGAGCUGAAUUCGACGAGGACGACGGCUGAUCGCGCGAGGCCCGAGAUGUUCGAGCCCACGGAGCAGGGAAAGGAUCUCUGCAUCCACACGGGCGUCGUGCUACGUGGAGCGAAUGCCAGAGAGGACGAGGUUCACAGUUCAGGAACGCUUAAUAUUGUGGAAUAUAGUUUCGGUAAGUGCAUAGAAUGGAAGCCUGUGGAAGACUCCGUAGUAUCGGAGUGUCAAGAUCAAGACCCGGAGUGGUCCCUAGUGGACACGCACACCAGAAGGACCCGCACGAACUCGGAGGGUCCGGACUCCCUUGGACGUACGAGAACCGUUAAAAUAUUGUUCUCCGAUCUAAAGUCAUUUCGCGUGAAUCACGGCGGGCAGCAGCUCAUAUUUAUGCAGAGGGAUGGUACCACCUACGUUGCCUUCUUUCAGCUGGCCAACGCUGAAAGCUUCGUUAACUCGCUGAAGGGAUUUAUCAAAUUUGUAAAAUCACGCUCGGACAAGAAUUUGUAUCUGGUGAUGGACGAGGUUGAAACUGUAUUAAAGAAGUCUUUCGCCGAAUUGGAUCUGUUUCAAGAGAACACCUCCGAUUACGUGUGGAAGUUCGUGAAGAACUUACACAAUCGUCCUUACGAAACAACGCUGGAGGCAUUCAGCAAACUAGCGGAUAUCUGGUUGUACAAAGAGCCAGUGAAACGGCCUGUCGAAGAAGCAGUCGCCGAUUUAUUAAAUCAAUCCCUUACGAUCGAUCCUCAUCCACGUGUAUCUGUAUCUGUAGGAUCCGGCGAAGAGUACGAAGUGAUUGGAGUCGGAGUGGAUCUACCUCCACGGCCACCAUGCCCGCGUGGUGCGCCGUUAACGCAAGAACAGUGGGAAAAAUGUAAAGAUCGACAAGGGAGAAUCAGUGAUCCCGAAGCUGUCAAAGAAAUUAUCUUUCGAGGGGGUAUUUGUCCAUCGCUGCGUUUUGAAGUAUGGAAAUUUUUAUUAAAUUAUUACCCAUGGAAAUCGACGCAUAACGAAAGAUUAGAACUUAAGAGGAAAAAGACUGACGAGUAUUUCACGAUGAAAUUGCAGUGGCGUACGUUCACGACCGCGCAAGAGAGCCGGUUUUCCGAUUAUAGGGAACGAAAAAGUUUGAUAGAAAAGGACGUUAACAGAACAGAUAGAACACAUCCCUAUUACGCGGGGGAUAAUAAUCCGCACUUGGAACAGUUGUACGACAUACUCAUGACCUACGUAAUGUACAAUUUCGAUUUAGGAUACGUUCAGGGUAUGAGCGAUCUUCUUAGUCCCAUCUUGUUUUUAAUGGAUAAUGAGGUGGAUGCGUUUUGGUGUUUCGUUGGCUUCAUGGAUAAAGUUAGCACUAACUUCGAGAUGGAUCAGAAGGGCAUGAAGGCCCAAUUGUGCCAAUUGUACACGUUAUUGUGCACUACGGAACCGCAACUGGCUUACUAUCUAAAUAGACAUGAUUCUGGCAACAUGUUCUUUUGCUUUCGAUGGCUGCUGGUAUUAUUCAAGCGGGAAUUCAGUGCAAUCGACAUAUUGAAGUUAUGGGAGAUACUGUGGACCGGUCUACCCUGCAAAAACUUUCAUUUGUUUGUAUGCGCGGCUAUUCUGGACACAGAGAAGAAUAUCUUAAUAGAGAACAAUUAUGGAUUUACGGAAAUUUUGAAGCAUAUAAACGACUUGUCACUUCAUAUCGAGCUGCCUUGGACGAUCUCUAAGGCGGAGGGUAUUUACUAUCAGCUGAUGUCAGUGGAGCAUCAGAUUCCCGAUGACAUACGUGUAAUUAUUGGAUUGGAGCCGUUGCAUAAAUCGCCAUCGACAAAUGGAAGCGACGACGAGGCGUCCAGUAAUAAUACGGCCCGACUUAAUGGUCCUCGUAACAAUUCGAGAAGAAAUAGUUCAGGCAGCGCCAACGUUAGGUUAGGAGACGACGAAGUAGCAUUCGAACGUGGGUUGAACAUGUCGUACAUGUGAGGUCAGGAUGGUCACUGGACCUUCAUAAUCAUUCACUAACAGAAAACUGAUUGAAAGUCUACACGAGCAGAGAAUAAAGUAUCUGUUGCAGUCGUUACAUUACCCGUUCUCCGAACGGGAGUUUUACAUAUUAUCUUAUAGUUUGGAAAUAUAGAUCUUACAUUUUAAACAUAUUAUUGACAAUAAUUUCCACGCGCGGCUCUCAACGAAAUUAAAUCACGGCGUAAACGUAAUAGGAAGUACGGUUUCCUAAACUUAUAUCGAUCAGAUUUCUUUUAAUUGGAUGAUGUAAUUCUUUGUUUUAAACGAUUGGCUGUUUGUGAUUCAGAAAUUCUAAAUUCUCAGUAGAAUGUGAAUGCAAUCGGUGCGUUUCGAGAAGUAACUAAUAGUAGUGUUGAAUUUUGAGAUAUUUAUAACACUUACUGCGUGUACAGAGACGGGCAGGAAGGAAGAGAUUAUAAUCGCUGCGCAUGCAAAGGCGUGCAAGGUAUUUUAGGGCGAAGAAAAAACCCGCGACGCGAUUGUGCGAUGCGCGACUUAAUCGCGCGGAAACAGAAUAAAGACAACAUCCCCAGACCUCGACAAGUGUUAUAUACGCGUAACUUUCACCUAAGUUAUAGUCUUUUUUCUAGAUUUGUAUAAAGCUUCACAAUAUGACUAUACUGUACAUUUCUAAUAAAAAUCACCUAUUUAAUCUUUCAUAUA